AUGGAAAUUGCCAAAGAUUAUGCUAAUGAUAUUAAACCUAGUGAUUUAGACCAGGAAGAUUAUAAUGAAAUAUUAAACAUGGUUCGCCAAAUAAAAGAGUUAGAAAAAGUUAAAAGAGAACAACGCCAGCAAAAUAUCGAAAAUAUAAAACUCAAUAAUCCCCAAAUAUUUGGUCAAUCAAGGUGUUCGACUGAUAGAAGAAAUGAAAUUAGUGUUCCCGAUAACCAUAUUGCCUUAACUAAUGUGUUGUUUGACGAUGCCGAAGCCCAACGUUUAAUAAAACAAGAUAAAGACAAUGGUCGUUAUUAUAUUAAUUAUCACACUUAUGUUGAUUUAAAUGAUAAAAUUACCAUUGACCAUUAUCAACAUUAUCAAGCAAACGGUCAGCAAGGAUUAGCGAAACCAGUUAGUGGUACCAAUGAAUUAGUUGAAAAUAGCGACCAACAAAAUAUGGCCGGAGGGCUUAUUGUUCACCAAGAAAAAGAAAAAUCACCUGAACAAGUAGACAACGAAUUUAUCUUACAAUAUUUUCAAGACCAUGAUAUCAAGCGAAUAUCUUUAAAUCCAGAAGGUAAUUUACUAGUUGAAUAUAAUAGUGGUAAGUCGCAAGUUAUAUUUAACAAACAAGCCAACAACAAAGAACUGCAAAAACUUAUCGCUUAUUACCAAAAAAGUGGUCAAACUAGUUUAACCCAGCAAGAUUUAGUCAAUGCGAAUAAUUCUAACUCCAUAACACCCAAAAAUACUAAUAACCAUACCUUGUUAAUAAGUUUGGGUCUAGGUGGAGCCUUAAUAAUUGGAUUAGUGAUUGGGUUAUGGUUAAGGAAAAAUAAAGUUAAAAAGCAUUAG